GUGAAGCGGAAAUCAAAGACAUAAACGCCGGAGCUGUUCUCUUUUUUUGGUGCCAGGCAUCACAUUUUCGUCUUCAUUAAUCAAAACUACAAAGAAACCAUGCAGAAUCCAAACGAGGACACACAAUGGAACGACAUCUUGCGAGCCAAGGGUAUUAUUCCCGAAAAAGAGGCAACGGUGACAGAGGAUCAGAUUGAGGGCAUGUUAGACCAAGCUAUUCAAAAGAAGACAGGAGUAGGAGCACAAGAUAAGGCAUUAGAGGACAUGACGUUAGAUGAACUUGAUGAAUUAGAAGAUGAAGAGGAGGAGAGGAUACUUCAACAGUACAGGCAACAAAGAGUAGCCGAGAUCAAGAGGAUACAAGAUAAAGCCAUCUACGGAUCAGUCAAGGACAUUUCUGCACAGGAUUACGUACAAGAGGUCAACAAUGCCGGCGAGGGCGUGUGGGUCGUCUUACAUCUCUACAAAGCAGGUAUUCCUUUGUGUGCACUCAUCAAUCAACACCUCACGCAGUUGGCCGGCAAGUUCAGGGCUACCAAGUUUCUCCGGAGUAUAGCUACGACCUGUAUACCCAACUACCCAGACAAGAACCUGCCUACGAUAUUUGUUUACAAUGAAGGCGAGAUGAAAACCCAGUUUGUGGGUCCGCUGGAGUUUGGCGGGAUGAACCUGACAUUAGAAGAGCUGGAGUGGAAGUUGGCUGAAGCAGGAGCCAUGAAGACAGACAUGAAGGAUCCUCCUAAGCCUCAAGUCAGGAGCACCCUCAACAUCUUCUCGGGGCGUAACCAGAACGUUGACGAUUCAGACGACGAAGAUGACUACUAAAGACUGCCAAUGGAGAGCACAGUGUCUGCUCGGUACAACUCACAAGCUCAUCAAAAACUUCCCUUUUUAAUAGUGUCUGCCAUGGAAAACUUUACCUCAGAUGCACAAAUUUUUCUGAAGGAAAUUGCCCAAGAAAAUCUAGUGUGAAGUUCUUUGUCCUUUGCAAGUUUUGACGAAACACCCUCAGUUUGUCAGAAGGUUGAUGAUUCUGACAAUUGGGAUGAUUAUUGGGGGCGUUUCACAAAACUUGUCAUCAGUGACAAAUGACAGUUUUUGUUAUAAGCUACUGAAAUCCUUGCUUCUGAUUGGUUAUCAGCAGAUUUGUCACUGAUUUUAGUCAUUUGCCAUUGAAAAAAGGCUUUGUGAAACGGGUCCCUGAAGAACUCGCAAGCUUAUUUACAGCUUUCCCUUUCACUACAUGACCUGCAAAAUUUAGCUCCAAAUACAAAUCACUUAAAGGGAAUUAUAUAUUACAGUUGGACAUGAAGCCGUCAUGAUCUUCCUCUGCAAAUCUUGAAUAUCCAGGACAUUGGACUUUGGAGACCUCAAUUUCUGGUGUUGCUACAUUGCCAGAUACCAUCAUGCAUCAUAUACCGGUAUAGGAGUGGAGAUAGUUUACAUCAUAUGUGCAGGAAUGGUCCCUGGCUGGAAGGCACCAAGGAGUGUACAGAAUGUAUAGGAUUCUCAUGUUUAUGCUAUACUGAUAUAAGAUCAUUUUAUUAAGUGACCCAGCAAAUGUUUUUUUUUAAUGACAAUGUGAUAAUUAUAUUAUAGCAAUUCAAUUUGAUACGUUUUGACACAAACAAGUGAUUUUCUAAUGAUCUUCUCCUGGUGGAUCAUAAAACCUGUUAGAACUUCUCCUUCUUCAAACAUUCUUAAACUUGUCCUCAAAUAACUCACACUCUUUUCUUACCGGUAUAUGCUUGCAAGCAUAUAGGUAAUUUAUCCACAAGGUGUGUUUAUACUGUACCCGUGAUCUAAAAAUAUUAAAGAUAUACCACGUUUGACUUUACGCAUAUCCAAUUUUUGUCAUGGUGGAAAUAUUUUACAUCACGUGAGCCAUCCAUGACCAUUCCCUGCAGGGGAAUUCGUUUACAUAGCCUAUAAACUAUAAUAUAUCAUAUUUAUUACCCAUUAAUAAUGACUUCCCCUUGAAAUAUCAGUAAUUAUACUUUCAUAUGUCCUUUUCAUUCCGUAUGUAUAAUGUUAGUUAAAAAAUAGAUGUCCAUAGUUCUUUGUUCAUGUUUCAGAUACACAUACAUGCAUUGGGAGAGAAUGGAAUACCCUAGAACGCUUGCAAAUUCAAUAAAAGACAUGUAUACAGUUUACUGUCACAAUUUAUGCAUCACUGACAGUUUUGUGUAUUAUUGUUGAUUCAUGUAGAUGUGAAUAUUUCACAAAACAUUUGAUUUAGUACUCAUAUACAGUACUGCUUUGUUACAUGUAGAUUGUACUGCAGAUAGUGUUUGCUUUCUACGUUGCUCUACAUGAAAUGAUAAGGGAGCAAGAACAAUUUGCUGUACAUGUGAUAAUUUUUAAAACACAAGAAUAAUUCUGGGAAUGGGUAAGCAGAAAGGGAACCUGUGGUUUACUCCUCUUCCAACUGGGCUUUUGGGUGACCUCUCUCUCCCUCCUUCCACCCCCAUCCCCCCCAAAAAAAAUAUAUAAAUAAUGAUAAUAAAUAAGUAUAUAAAAUAGUAAAAAAGUAUCGAGUCACAUUCAGUGUAAUGUGUGCAUGGGAGGAGAACAGAAAGGAUAAUCACAUGAUACCCUACAUUUUUCUUUCUGUGUGUUACUGAUUUUGAUCACAUGCAGGUGUAGAUUCUAUCCUGGUACAUUUAUUUAUUUAUUUUAUGUUUCAGAAGACUGAUGGUUGUUUAGAUUGCUAUAGAUUUCAUAUCUAUAGAAUCCAUCUCCACAUACAAGCCAUUGCCAUUUUCUAUUUAAGUUUGACCUGUCCCAUGUAUAGAACUUGUAUGUAUGUAUGCAAACUAAUGGUACUUAGGCUGUUCAUGUUUUUUAUUUAUUCAUGGGAGCAAAGUAAAACCAAACGUGUAAAAUUUCGUAAAGAGUUUGAGAGAAAAUGCCCAAGCAGUACCCCCAAUGAGCAAAGUAAUUUGUUAAAUCUGCAUUAUCAUGAAUUUUAAUUGGAUAAUUGUGAAUGAUACUGAUUUCAUGUCAUUAUUUGAUAUUUUAUUGUAAAUACAAGCCAUUUUCUGAAACAUUUGAAAA